AGAAAACUUUUUCCUUUUUUUUUUAAAAUCUUUUCCAAAGAAUAAGUCGUAAUUCAUAUGAUAAACUACUUUUUUUUUUAUCAAUAUAGAAAAAUGAUAUAUUUUAUAAUUAGUAAUAAAUUUAAUUUUAAAAUAUCUAAUUUACCUCGUGAUGAAUUAUAACUGCACAAAUAUAUAUAACUUAUUUAGAUCAUAAAUUUUUAAAAUAUAUUUUCUUCUUAAAUUUUAUGUUAAAGUUAUCAUACUUUCUUUUUACUUAUUCAUUAUUUCAAAGAUUUUUUUUUUCACGUUUUCUUUUUAACUCUAAUUACUCAUUUUCUAAAUGAUUUUUCAACUUUAAAGAACGGAGGGACUAUAUGGGAUGCAGAGAGUAAUAGCAGCUUACUAUAAAUCUUCGAAAAUCCCAAAGCCUAGUACAGAGAAUACUGAAAACCCACCGCUCUUUGCUGUGCAAACUGCAAGCAGAGCAACUAAACACUCUCCAAUGGCGUCUCAUUUCCCCACAACUACUCGCUCACGCGCCAUGGCACGCUCCGCCAUUCCCCCAGAACCACCCAAACUCGAAUACCCAUUUUCCCUUUCCACCAGAAAAUUGCAAUGGAGAAGGAAGAGUACAAGGAUCAAAGUUUCAUCAGAUGGGGAAAACUCAUCAUACUUGGAAAUGUGGAAGAAGGCAAUGGAACGUAAGAGAAAGUCUGAUGAGUUUCAAAGAAUAGCUGAGAAUGUUGAAAGAGAUGAUGAAAGCCCUGAGAUAUUGGAGAAGAAGAGCGAGGAAUUCAAGAAGAUUCUUCAAGUUUCAACCGAAGAAAGAGAUAGAAUUCAAAGAAUGCAGGUUGUUGAUCGUGCUGCUGCUGCUAUUGCUGCCGCUAAGGCAUUGAUGAAAGAGAAUCCAAUGCCCCAACAGGACGAAUUGGAAGAAGCUCAUGAUGGUGAAAAUCAACAAGAAGGAACGGGAAAUGUCAUUUCAAUUGUGCCUCGAUCUGGAACAAUUAUGGGAACACCAGGUCCAAGCUUCUGGUCCUGGACACCUCCUUCAGACAGUUCUUCUGAUGACAUUCAGAUGAUGUUAGAUAGCUCUCUGUCUCCGGACCCACCAAUCCCUAUCAUAGAGAAAGAACGAUCUCCAGAUUUUCUAUCUAUCCCAUUUCAGAGUGCUAUGGUUGAUAGAAAGCAUAGUCCUCCUCUUCCACCUCUUCAGUCACAUUUAGAGGUUGAAAAUUUGGAAGAUUCCAGCUCAAUGUCUGAGAUGCCUCACCAGGAGGAGGAACGUGAACUUGGCAUUCUGUUCUCGACAAAUGCAGCGGAAGCAGCUUAUGCCCUUAAGCAGGAAAAUGAGGCAUCAUCUGAGGGAAUCUAUCCUGAUGGAUCAAGAUGGUGGAAGGAGACCGGGACUGAACGACGACCUGACGGGGUGGUCUGCAAGUGGACGCUAACCAGGGGCAUUAGUGCUGACAAAACUGUUGAAUGGGAAGACAAGUAUUGGGAAGCUGCUGAUGAAUUUGGUCAUAAGGAACUAGGUUCUGAGAAGUCAGGACGAGAUGCUGCUGGAAAUGUUUGGCAUGAGUUCUGGAAAGAAUCAAUGUGGCAGAGUGGUGGGCUUGUCUACAUGGAGAAAACUGCAGAUAAGUGGGGAAGGAAUGAGAAAGGUGAGGAGUGGCAGGAGAAAUGGUGGGAGCACUAUGGUGCCGGUGGCAAAGCGGAGAAAUGGGCUCAUAAAUGGUGCAGCAUUGAUCCAAACACACCCCUUGAUGCCGGUCAUGCUCAUGUUUGGCACGAGAGGUGGGGUGAGAUGUAUGAUGGAAAAGGCGGCAACAUAAAAUACACUGAUAAAUGGGCUGAGCGUUUUGAGGGUGAUGGUUGGUCGAGAUGGGGUGAUAAAUGGGAUGAGAACUUUGAUCUGAAUGGGCAUGGCGUCAAGCAAGGGGAGACAUGGUGGGAAGGCAAACAUGGAGAUCGUUGGAAUCGUACUUGGGGAGAGGGCCACAAUGGUUCAGGAUGGGUGCACAAGUAUGGAAAGAGCAGCAAUGGGGAGCACUGGGACACCCAUGUAAAUGAAGAAACAUGGUAUGAGAAGUUCCCUCACUAUGGUUUCUACCAUUGUUUUGAGAAUUCAGUCCAGCUCCGCGAAGUCAAGAAACCUUCUGAAUGGCCAUGAUUAGUACUCUUUCGUUCUUUUGCCACCAUCUACCACUGCUCAAAAUAGUAUGUAGAACAUGUUAUCAGUUCGUUCAGCUUAUCAAAGCUAUUCAAAAAUUGUAUAGGAAUUCCGUUACGUGCUUCUGAUGAAACGUCAUUACUGAUUCUGUCACAAAUAUUAGUUCUGCUCUUGUAAGAUAAGUAGUAGGAGGUCAGUAUAUUUUGAAACAAAUAAGUUGGCCUAUAGUGCCCUAACAUUGCCUUAUGGGAAUCUCCUGUGUGAGUUGAAGCUAAUGAUAGUUUCACUAUCCUGCAACA